AUGCCUGUCGACACAAAAGAAGAGCCGGAAGACGAGGACAGUGAGAGGGAGGACGAUAAGCUCUACUGUGUUUGCAAAACACGAUACGACGAAGAUCGAGUCAUGAUUGCAUGCGAUCGCUGUGACGAGUGGUAUCAUACGCAGUGCGUCAACAUGCCCGAUCUAGAGGUAGAUCUUGUGGAUCAAUUCAUCUGCCCGGUGUGCAUACAAAGUAACCCCCACUUGCACCUCCAGACGACGUACAAGCUCCGCUGCUUUUUCGGGUUGAAGCAUACGGACCCAUCGUCGUCGAAUGCGUGCCACAAACCCUCUCGAGGCGCUUUUUCCAAAUAUUGCUCUGACGAAUGCGGCAUCAAGUACAUGCAGAUGCGUAUUUCGCAAUGGGAGCGCAGCGGUGGCAAACGCGACAAGCUCUGGGAAAGCGUCAAGAACGCAGAAAAGCGCGAGGGUGUCGUCGUCUGUGCGGACGUAAAGAUGGAGAUCGACAGAAAGCCAUUAACUGCGCCUGUUUCUGCACAGAAGCGCAAGGCGGACCGUGAAAUUGCAUGCUUGAAUACGCGCCUCGAGAUUGUGGUGAGGGAGCGGGAGAUGAUGAAGCGUGAGAUGGAUAUGGUGCUGUGGAGGGAAAAACUGGUGAAGCUUGCGUCUGAGCGCGCAGAAAGUGUGGAUGAGUGUGGGUGGGAUCAGAGGCUUUGUUUUGGUGAGGAGGAAUGGGAUGAUUUUGGUGCGGAGGUGUUGGACAGUUAUGAGGAGAAGGCAAAGGAGGAAGCGUCAGAUGAUAUCAUGCAGGUGGAUGGCGUCACGACGAGUCAUGGGGAGUGGUGGUGUACGGGGAAGAAAAAAUGCGAGCGGCAUGCAGGGUGGCAAAAGCUACGCGUUGCUGAGGUUGCUUUCGAUAAAGAAACGAAGGAAACGAUCCUCUCCACUCUCACCACUCGUGAACGCGAAAUAAGAAAAGGAAUCGAAGACAUAUUAUACCCACCAUCAACGAAUCCCUCUCAGACACCGUCCAAGCCCUCACUUGCAAGUCCGCCAAUUAAUGGCACUGGCAAACCUCGGAUUAACGGGGAGGCUGUAGAAAAGGGGAAGAAGAAGAAAUCUUAA